AUGAAUAUACCAGAAAUAACAUCUUACGAGGACCAGGCAAUCGACGCAGUAGUGUCUGUGAUAAACAGAGCGAAAGAGAAGUUGGGAGUUCGGCAGACGCUGAAGCAACUUGCGACAAGCCGUGAUAUCUACGGCUCCGCCGCCAAGGUGCCCCUUACUGGUCUCAAGAUACCACUGGCAAUCACCAGCGAACAAUUGAUCGCCGACACCAUCGAGAAGAAAUGGCGCUUAACAGACAUCUUCAAAUAUUCCUUGAAGUAUAAAGGCACCACGAAGGAUGAAUGUUCGCAGUACUUCUAUUUUGAGGCUAUCUUUAGUCAACCGACGGCAUCUUACCCUAUACCACAAGCAACAGCCUCCGUGUUCUUUCGCGUCGAGGACAAGCUCAUCGAGCCACCAGAAACACGAGGAGUACCAAAGGCUAGUGUUUACUGCUAA